GCAGCAGCAGCAGCAGCAGCAGCAGCAACGGCCACAGGCAAAUGGUGUGCAGGCAAGGACCACCCCAAAUGCCGCCGCUGCGGGUGUUCAGAUGCCGGGCGCAGCUCAGCAACCAUCACCAGCGAUGAUGGCAGGAGGACGGCAGCAGCCACCGCCGCAGGCACAACCGAUGCGGACGCACAUGCACGCACAACAGGCACACCUGCAGUACCAGCAGCAACAGCAACGGCAGCAACAACAACAGCCACAACAACAGCAGCAACAGCGGCCUAACGGUCAUGUGCCUCCCACGACAAUAACGCCAUCAACAGCGCCGCCGCAACCAACAACAACGACAACAACGACAACUUCAACAACGACAACAGCAGCACCAUCGUCAUCGCCGCCACACGCGACGCUACCGCCGUGGGUUGUGCAGACGUCGUACCUCACGCCGGCCCAGGCCGACCAGAUAAAGCGUCAAGUGGAGGCGUAUCGCGCCAUUGCGGAGAACAAAUCGCUCACACCGGAGCAGCUCACAUGCACGAGCGUGCGGAAAGUGCGGGUUGUGCCUGCGUUUCAGCGAACGCUCACACAUCAGCGGCAGCUGCAGGAUGACAUCCCGCUCAAGCCGCCACGCCUGCCCAUUAUCAAGAUGACACGCGAUGAGCUGCGGCGAGAAGUACGGGAACAGUUCAACACGCGCAUGACCAACCGCUGCCUCGCCAUUCAGGACGAAUUCUCGAAGAAGGACGAUGUUGAGUCUGAGGAGGCGGUGUCUGCCACCAUCGCUGUCCGCGCGUUUGAGCUCCUUGACCUCCAGCGCCACCUGCGCCGACAGCUCAUUCCUUACCGUGGCUUGAAUCUGACGAAGACAACAGCAAAGCAAGAGCGCAAGAAGGCAAUUCGAGUGCACCGUGACCGGGAGCGGGAUGAGGCGCGUCACCGGCUGCAGCUGCAGCGGCAGCUCAAAGCGCAGAAGGAGGGACGCAUGCGCGAGAUCCUGGACCACGUCAGGCAGUUCAAGGCAUUCCACCGAUCGAAUCGGUCUGCCAUUGCGCGCACGGCCAAGGGCGUGAUGUCGCACUUCCAGCAGAAGGAGCGAGAGGCGAUGCGCAUCGAACAGGAGAAGGAGAAGGAACGAAUGCGCAAGCUGAUGGAGUCGGAUGAGGCCGGGUACCGUGCCAUGAUUGACAAGGAGAAGCACAAGCGCCUCGCCCUGCUGCUGGAGAAGACAGACGAGCACAUGGAGAGCAUGAAGACGAUGGUGCUUGCGCAUCAGCGGGAAGAGGAGAAGGAAGCAAAGCGGAAGCGGCGGGAGAGCGAGGCCGUGGACGCUCUGGACGAAGAGCACCUCAUCGACGACGAAACAGAAGACGAUGCGGCGGCGGAAAGGAGAGAAGCAGAAAGGAUAGAAGAAGAGAAGAAGAAAGAGGCAGAAAAGGCGUCGUUUGGUACGGGCCACGACAUCAAGGAGAAAGUACAGCAGCCAAGCAUCCUCGUCGGUGGACAGCUCAAGCCAUACCAAAUCAAAGGCCUGGAGUGGCUCGUGUCGCUGUACAACAACAACCUCAACGGCAUUCUCGCUGACGAGAUGGGUCUUGGCAAAACCAUCCAGACCAUCUCUCUCCUCACUUACCUCUUCGAGUACAAGCGGAACUAUGGCCCCUUCCUCAUCAUCGUCCCCCUCAGCACACUCUCCAACUGGCGAAUGGAGCUCGAGAAAUGGGCGCCUGUGCUGCAAGCGCUCGUCUACCGUGGUGCUCCACAGUACCGCAAGAGCCUCAAGAAGACCGUCGUGGAGGCGAAGUACAACGUGCUGCUGACGACGUAUGAAUACGUCAUUCGCGACAAAUCUGCGCUUGGGCGAGUGCCGUGGGAGUACCUCAUCAUUGACGAGGGCCACCGCAUGAAGAACAAAGAAGGCAAACUGACCCAGACGCUGACGCAGAGCUACUCGUGCCAGCGCCGCCUGCUGCUCACGGGAACACCGCUGCAGAACAACCUGCCCGAGCUGUGGGCGCUCCUGAACUUCCUCCUUCCAAAGAUCUUCGAGAGCGUGCGCAACUUUGAGGAUUGGUUCAACGCGCCCUUUGCUGGCACGGGCGAGAACAUGGAGCUGUCGAAUGAGGAGACAAUGCUUAUUAUCCAGCGCCUGCACAAGGUGCUCCGGCCGUUCCUUCUUCGCCGCCUCAAGAAAGACGUCGAGUCGCAGCUCCCAAAUAAGAUUGAGUAUGUGAUCAAGUGCGAGAUGUCGGUCCUGCAGAAGCAGCUGUACAAACACAUGAAGGAGCACGGCGUUCUGCUCACGGGCGACGAGGCAAAGUCGAAAUCGGGCCACCACCACAAGAAAAGAACCGUUCACGCCCUGAGGAACACGCUGAUGCAAUUGCGCAAGCUGUGCAACCACCCGUUCCUGUUCAAGGAGAUUGAGGUUGCGUAUGCGCGUCACCGCUCGCUGCAAUACGUGCACGAUGAGGACUUGUGGCGUGCGUCUGGCAAGCUGGAGCUCCUCACGCGCAUGCUGCCCAAGUUCAAGGCCUCAAAGCACAAGGUUCUGCUGUUUUCGCAAAUGACGCAACUGCUGACCAUCCUUGAAGACUUCUUCACGGCAAUUGGCCUCACUUACAUCAGGCUCGAUGGCGGGACGAGCGACGAGGAGCGUGGGCGGCAGGUGAAGGAGUUCAACUCGCCCGAUUCGCAGAUUGACGUGUUUGUUCUCUCGACGCGCGCCGGUGGUCUUGGUCUCAACCUGCAGACAGCAGACACCGUCAUCAUCUUUGAUAGCGACUGGAACCCGCACCAGGACCUGCAGGCACAGGACCGUGCCCAUCGUAUUGGACAGAAGAACGAAGUGCGCGUAUUCCGUCUUUGCUCCAUCAACAGUGUUGAGGAGACAAUCCUUGAAGCCGCGCGGUUUAAGCUCAACGUCGACGAAAAGGUCAUCCAAGCAGGCAUGUUCUCGGGACAAAAGGUCGACGCCAACGUGCGCAAGAACUACCUCAAGAAUCUCCUUGAAAGUGACGCAGCCCGCGAAGAGAGCGAGGAGAGGCCACCGACGAAUGCGCAGUUGAAUGAAAUGCUGGCGCGAUCGGACCAGGAGCUCGUGCUCUUCAACGAGAUGGAUCAGGAGAUGAAGGACAAGGACAAAGCGUGGAAGACAGAAGCGCGCCACACGCGUCUCAUUUCCAAGGACGAGCUGCCAGCAUGGAUGACGGACGAUGCACGGAUGACGCGGAUGGUGGAGGAAGCAUCCGACACGACGCCAAAGGUGCUCGGCCCACGCAGGAGGAAGAAGGUCAACUACAUUGUGGACAAAAUCUCCGAUCGCCAGUGGAAUGCGGCGCUUGAAGCAGGCACGCUUGAUGAGCUGUAUGCUGGUGGACGGCGGCGGUCUGUGUCGGGGAAGCAAGCAGCCGACGGGAGCGACGUUGAGGAGGAGGAGGAAGAAGAAGAAGAGGGAGCAGUGCAGGUGCUGGGCCAAGAUGAGGCAUCCCAGUCAACCCAGGCAGACAGCGAGGCACAGACUCCAAGUGCGAAACGGAAACACGAUGAAGCUGCCACACCCACCACCGCCGCCACCACCACUAGCAGCCGUGGCGGUGAGCCGGAGACGAAGAAGGCGAAACCGGAGCCGACGGCCGCUGAUCUCCAGCCGGUCUUCCUCGAGGUCGUCGACUCGCUCGAGGCUGCAACGGACCGGCAGGGUCGCCCGCUCGCCGACGACUUUAUCGAACUGCCGGACAGGAAGGAGAUGACCGAGUACUACGGCCUCAUCACUCGGCCCAUCAGCCUGUCGAUGAUUAAGGACAAAGUGUACGGGGAGAAUUACAAGACAAUUGAGGCGUUUGAACAGGACAUGAAGACUCUCAUCAACAACGCCCUCAAGUUCUACGCCGACGGAUCAAAAACGUACAACGAUGCGCUGUCGCUCGAUCGCAUCUUCAGGCAGAAGUUGGCAGAGGCCGUCGAAGACAUGAACGCCGAUGAGUCUGAAUCAGAGGAGGAAGAAGAGGAGGAUGAGGAGGAGGAAGAAGAAGAAGAAGAGGAAGAGGAAGACGAUGAUGGUGAAGAUGACGAUGGUGAUGGUGAUGGUGACGACGACGACGAUGUUGAUGAUGAUGAAAAUGAUGAUGAUGAGACGCGGGAAGAUGAGAAGGAGAGCAAUACUUCGACACGCGAGGCGAAGAACACACAGGCAACGAAGCACAAGCACGACGACGACGAUGAUGACGAUGACAAUGAUGGUGAUGAUGACGAUGACAGGAACAUGCGGAAACGAGCGAAGAUGAGCGAUGCAAAGGAUGAUGAUGAUGAAGACAACGAAGGUGCGGGUGAUGAAGACAAUGACGAGGAGCAGGAAAAUGAUGAUGACGAUGGUGCUGAUGACGAUGCCGAUGGUGAUGAUGGUGGUUUGAACACGUCGGCCGAGGGCGACACAUCGCGCCUGUCAUUCCAGACGAACGAAGACUCGAUGAUGUCGUUUGAUGAUUCGUUUGUGGCCUCUGCCGCACACGGCAGCGCCCUGCCCUCCCUUCACACUGGUGAUGACGAUGAUGGCGAUGGGAAUGAUGAUGACGACGACGACGAUGAUGAUGAUGAGUGAUCGCGUGGGCAGGCCAAUUGUCAUCGUGAUCGUGUGUGUGUGUGUGUGUGUGUGUGUGUGU